AUGCCCCGCGGCUUCCUGGUGAAGAGGAGCCGCCGCCCCACGCCCAUCUCCUACCGGACGCGCUGCUGCUGCCCGGCGGCGGGAGGGGAGCCGGAGCCGCCGCCGCAGCCCCCCGGGCCGGCCGCGGCCUGCUGCGAGCCCCCCGAGGCGGCGCCGCUCUCCGUGCCGGCCCUGCCGCCCUUCGGCACCCCCGAGGGCCCCUCGGCCGCUGCCGCCUCCCCGGCGGCCCUGCACAGCCCGGCGCGGGCGGUCAGCGAGGAGCGCAGCCUGCACCUGGGCUCGCCCGUCUCGGCCGAGUCCUUCCCGGCGCCCGACGCGCUGCUGCUGGGGCCCGGCGGCGAGCUGAAGCUCUGGGCCGCCGCCCUCGCUAGCGGCCCGGCGCCGGCGCGCAGCCCCGCCGCCAAGCGGCCGCAGGGCAGGAAGGCCAAGGCGGCGCGCCGGCUGCACUUCGAGGACGAGGUGACCACGUCGCCGGUGCUGGGGCUGCGCAUCAAGGAGGGCCCGCCCGAGCCCGCCUCGCCCCCGCCGCCGCCGCCGCAGCAGGCCCCGCAGCAGCAGGCCCCGCCGGCGGGCGGGCCGGGCGGGGGGCCGCGGGCGGGCGGCGCGGCGCGGCUGGGCGAGUUCAUCUGCCAGCUGUGCAAGGAGCGCUACCCGGACCCGCUGGGCCUGGCGCAGCACAAGUGCUCGCGCAUCGUGCGCGUCGAGUACCGCUGCCCCGAGUGCGACAAGCUCUUCAGCUGCCCGGCCAACCUGGCCUCGCACCGCCGCUGGCACAAGCCGCGCCCGCCCAGCGCGCCCGCCAAGCCCAAGGAGGAGCCGGCCAAGGGCGCGGGCGGCGGCGGCGGCAGCGGCAGCGAGCGGGACACGCCGAGCCCCGGCAGCGGAGAGGCGCCCGAGGAGCUGGCCUGCCCGCGCUGCGCCAAGCGCUUCCGCCGCCAGAGCGCCCUGCGCAAGCACCUGCCCGUCCACCAGCCGCCGCCCCCGGCGCCCGCCCCGGCCGAAGAGGGCCCCGCGGCGGCGGCGGCGCUGAGCCUGGCCCCGGAGGGCCACCCGUGCCCGGUGUGCGGCGAGCCCUUCCCCAGCAAGAGCGGCCAGGAGCGCCACCUGCGCCUGCUGCACGCCGCCCAGGCCUUCCCCUGCAAGUACUGUCCGGCCACCUUCUACAGCUCGCCGGGCCUCACCCGGCACAUCAACAAGUGCCACCCGUCGGAGAACCGGCAGGUCAUCCUGCUCCAGGUGCCCGUCCGGCCCGCCUGCUAGAGGGA